CUGUUAUCCAACUUUGCCACCGAGCGAAUAAAUGAGACACGGUGAGAGGCCCGUGUUCCCCCAAACUCCAGACCCACUUAUUUUGAAUCCUAUCAAUUCAUUGUGACAAAGCUUUGGAACUUCAGACUUUACACCCACUAAUUAUGAAUCCUGUCAAUUCCUUGUGACAGGCUUCGGGAUUUCAGACGUUGCACCCGCUUACCACUUUUUAACAGGAUCUAUCAAAGAGCAAACCUCACUAUCAAUGGCAGCAACAGCUCCUCAACCACGCGUCGGCGUAGCGGUAAUCAUUCAGAAUACAGAGGGUGAGAUCGUACUCGGCAAGCGAAGGGGUAGCCAUGGAUCAGGUACUUGGGCAUUGCCUGGUGGCCAUCUCGAGUUCGGGGAGACCUACUUCGCAUGUGCAGAACGCGAGACCCGAGAAGAGACUGGGCUCGAUGUCAAGGCAGUCAAGCUGGUCGCUGUGACGAAUGAUGUUUUUCAGGAGUUGGGAAAGCACUACAUCACGUUGUUCGUGACAUGUGAACUCAAAGAUCUUCAUGCCGAGCCAAAGAUCUUGGAACCUGAGAAGUGCGAAGGAUGGCAUUGGACCAGUUGGGCAGAUCUGAAGCAGUGGGCUGAGCAUCAUGAGAUUGAGUCAAGCGAGUGGGCUGAGAAUAGGCUCUUUCUGCCGAUGAGGAAUCUGAUUAAGGAAUAUCCUGGGAUUGUUGACAUGCCUGAGUGAGGGAGAAGCAAGUAGUGCGGGUGAUAGGUCCAGUAUGAGCCAGGGGCAUUAUUGUCCCCAUGUUCAGUGCUCAGAGCGAUAGAAAAGCCAUCAUAGAUGUCAGUACCUGUCUCAUUACAAUCGCUUUCUAUUGCAAGCUAGGUCUUUGGAUG